UUAACGUCAAAAUCGCAAUUUCAGCCUUUUGUACAGUCCUUUUAAUAAUGUUAUGUUCGAUUUUAUAGAUAAUAUACGUGAUGAACUUUUCGUAGAAUUUAUAGAUGUUCUUGAUUUUUUAUCCGUAGGUAGUCUAAAUCUCUAUGACAGAAUUACUGAAAAUUUAAUUCUCAUGAUAAGGACACAAUUACGGAAACACAAAUGCGAGGACAAUUUCAUGGUAUGAAAUAAUUCGUGUGUAUUUCAUGUAAAGAAACUUGAGGACAGCAAAAUUUAAAGUUGGACAAUGGAGGAAGAAACUACUGUUACUGGGACCGAGACCCCAGAGACAGCUGUUGGUUUGGAAGAGGAGGUCGGUAAUAGAAUAGAAAAUGAAGCAACUAAUGAAGAGGUACAUGGGGAAGGAAUUGAGGACAUGGCUGGAGAACAUUUCGGUGAAGAGGUUGGUGGAGAACAUAUAGAAGGGGAAACGGUAGAAGGUGAAGGUGAACAUAAAGAGCAAGUUCUAGGAGAAGGAGAGGAGUUGAUGGGUGAAGCUUUAGAAGGUGAACAAGGAGAGGAGAAAGCAGAAGGUGUAGAAAAGCAAGAAGAACAACCUGCGCAAGAGGAGCAAGUCGAAGAAGAAGAAGCUUAUGUUGAGGAACCACCUCCAGACCCAGCUGCGCCGUAUGAUUUAUCAGAUUCCAAAGAAGCAUUAAAAACGCCGUUUCAAUUAAGGCCGGAUCAGCUGGCAGAAGUUGAACAACUUUGGGAGCUAUAUCAAAAUUACACACCAGCGUAUACUGAUAUAAAUGGUUAUAUAACAGAAAAAGAAUUAGUAUAUAUGUUAAAAUGUCUUCUAAUUAUGACUUAUACUGAAGAACAGUUACAUCAGUUAAUCGCUUUUUGUGUCAGACCACCACACCCUGAAGGGCAUAUUACUUAUGAGCAAUUUUUAAAAAUGGUCAUAUUACGGCAACGAGAUUUUCCGGCUGAAGAUGAAUUGCGGUCGGCUCUGCAAGUUUAUGACCCUGGCAGAACAGGCACUGUUGAUCGUGAAUAUUUAAAGGAGGUUCUUGCCAAACAAGGACAUAAGUUACCCCAAAAGCUGUUGGAUAAUUUAAUUAAAGAAGUCGACAUAACUAAUGACGGAACUAUAGGUAUAGAAGAUGUUGUCGGUACAAUGUGCAUUGAUCUUAAUACAGACGAUAUAAUGAUGCUUAGAGCAGCAGUAAACCCUGAGGAAGAACAGUAGUAAAAUACAACCAAUAAAAACAAAAAAAAAACAAUAAAAUUACUGUGAAUAGAGAUAAUAAAUAUGUUUUAUUUAUU